AUGGUUCUCUCUGCAACUCUUGAAGGCCGAACUUCAACUGGUGGAAUCAGAGAGUUGUGCUCUCACAUGCCUGAUAAAGACAUGUUUCGCUGGAAAUUAGAAAUAGCUGUGAAGUUGAGAGAGGGAAAACCGAAAGAGGCUUUGAAGUUGGCCGAUGUUUUCAAAGAUGAUGGAAAGUACCCAGACGGAAUCGAAACGUUGGUUCAGUGUGCACUUAGACAUAUUGAAAUUGACAAUCUGCUCUUGAAAGACGGAAUCGAUCCUCCACCACCUGCAUCUUUCACACCGGAUAAAAAUUAUGUUCAUAUCCCGUGGAAUCUUAUUUUCAAUUAUCAGAAGACACAAGAACACAACAUGUUAGACUUUCAGAAAAACGAAGAUGGGAGCACAAUGUCCUUGCCGACUAAAACUCGCUUUCAGCUCCAGCUUCUUUGUCCUGAUGAAAACACGAUGUUUAGUCCCGAAGAGAUACAACAACUCUCACUCAAGUACAAUAUGUCCGGUUACUGGGAUAACAGCUAUUUCGAUGCACUAAAUCCAUCCAAAGAAGAUAGCAGCGAAGAUGGAAAUGAAAAUCAGAUCGAUUCAAAUAUACCAAAAUGGUACGAAGAUCCGCAUGAAUUUCAAAGGUCUUCUGAAACCUCAUUAUCGUAUCAAUACCGUUCUGAAACCCCUGAAACCCCUCAACGUUCUCAACAUCGACCUGCAGAUGAUUCAGGAUACUGGACUUCGCCGAAUUCUUCUUAUAACUCUGCGAUAUCUCAUGCGAGUCCAAGACGCAGUGAGUCGGUAAACUCUGAACCAUCAACACCGAUGAAACUGCCAAGUCUGGAGUCAUGGAGAAAAGUUUGUCCCGCUAAAGAGACGACAGUUUCAACUUCUCAGAGCAGUGCUACAGAGCGUAAAAGACCAAUGUCGAUUCUGGAGAGACUGAUAGCUGAAGAUUCACCGAGUCCUCCACCGAAAAGAGAGAAGCCAGACAGAUUGGUCCAGCAAGCUGAUUUGAAGGAUUCUCGGAGUGCAUCAACCGGAUCUAAGGAAUCAGAUUUGCGAGAGGAAAAUACGAGAACUCCCCAAGAAGGUCCAUUUGGUGAGGGUUGGCUCAAUGAAGUAUACUGGCAUCACUAUCAGGAUUUCAUGAACACGAACUACUAUGGCAUUCAUGGACAUCUGGAUCAAUCGACGAUUCCGAGCAAUUCAAACCCAUCUUGGCACGCAGGUCCACAUCAAUGA